CGUACCGACCAUUAGUCCGUGUUUGACGUCGUUGGAGUGAUCGUGUCUGAAUGCGUGUGUUCGGUUUGGUUAUUUAUUAUUUUCGUUUUCGUUUUCGUUUCGCGUAAAUAAUCGUAACGCAAUAUUUUAAUCGACUCGUCGCGUAACUGCGUACUUUUUAAUUAUUUAAUUGUUUUUUUUUUUUUUGUUUUUCAAACGAUUGACGACAUUUGUAAUAAUUUUUUCUUAGUUCCGAUUUUACUGAUUUUCUGACGUAUUUUUAUUUUGAAAAAUAUUAUUUCUUCACACGGCAUGUGUUCAUUAUUUUAAUUGGUUUGUGCUUGUAACUAAACACUGCAAAACUGUUUUACUUUGUGGGUGAAAUCGUGAGUACAAUGAAAGGUUGUCAACAGUGACACUCCAGAAGACUCGUCUUGGUCGAAAAAAUUGCAGCGAAACAAAGAUUACUAUCGUGUCUACGGUCCAACAUCGCGAUUUUCAUUGACGCCGAUCUCCUGAAUUCUUCUGAUCAGAUCGUAUUAUAUGAAUUGGUAGUUGUGAAGAGUCUGAUGGCACAACAGCAAUGAUGUCGAUCAAUUUGGUUUGGCUGUGUUUCCUACUGGUGUUGUUGGGUUACAAAUGGACCGAUGCUACAGAUCUAUCUCAAUGCAUGUCGGCACUCGGCAUGCAGUCCGGAAUGAUAAAAGACGAAGAUUUAACAGCUAGUUCUUCUUUCGAAAUUGGAAAUGUCGGACCGCAGAACGCCAGGGUACGUACAGAAAGAGAAGGGGGUGCUUGGUGUCCAAAAGAGCCUGUCACUAGGGAACCUACUGAAUGGCUUGAAGUCAAUUUACACGUGGUUAGAGUGAUCACAUCAGUGGAGACUCAAGGCAGGUUUGGCAAUGGACAAGGUCAAGAAUUCACCGAAGCAUUUCUGAUUGACUACUGGAGACCAAAGCUUGGAAAAUGGGUCCGAUAUAGAAACAUCACUGGACACGAGAUACUGAUCGGUAACAUCAACACGUACUUAGAACACAAACAAGAACUGAAUCCUCCGAUUUGGGCGUCGAAAAUUAGAUUCUUGCCACACAGCUACCACACCCGACAGGUGUGCAUGCGAGUCGAACUCUACGGAUGCCCGUGGACAGACGGUAUUCUUAGUUACUCGAUGCCGCAAGGUGAUAAACGCAGUCCAGAAUGGGAGUUCUAUGAUUCUACGUACGACGGAUAUUGGGAUGACGAGUUGCAAAGAGGUCUUGGACAAUUAACCGAUGGCAAAGUCGGACAAGAUAAUUUUAGGAUGGGAUACUAUGACUCCGAAAGAGGUCAAGGAUGGGUUGGUUGGAGAAAUGAUACGAGAAAUGGUCAAGCGAUCGAGAUUAAAUUUGAAUUCGACAAGGUCCGAGAGUUCACCGGGGUUCAUAUUUACUGUAACAACCAGUUUCAAAAAGAUGUACAGGUGUUUGCCGAAGCUAGUAUUUUGUUCAGCGUUGGAGGAAAAGUUUACUCUUCAGAACCGUUGACAUACACUUACAUGGAAGACAGAAUAUUUGAAUCGUCCAGGAAUGUCAGCAUCAAAUUGCACAGGAGAGUCGGUCGUUUCGUUAAGCUUAGGCUGUCUUUUGCCAACAAGUGGAUCAUGAUCAGCGAAAUAACAUUCGAUUCGGAUGUCGCACAAGGCAAUUUCUCCGAAGAAAGUGUUGUGCCGCUAGAACCGCCUAUUCAAAAGAACGGUUCGACGAUGAAAGAUCAUCAGGAUCCUCUGAGACCAGAACUUCCAAUCCCUACUGCCAAAGACGAGGACCAAACGUACAUGGCGAUCAUUAUCGGCGUGCUGAUGGCAGUCAUCAUACUGCUGGCGGUCGCCAUUUUCCUUAUCGUGUCCCGGCACCGGAGGAGGAAAUGCUUCGCCAGCCCGUUGGUGGGCAAGAGCGCACUGGCCACGGGUAACGGAUGUCCGGGAAUGUCGUCGGGCAGCAGCUGCGGCACGGGCGGUAGUUACAAGGAGGCCGGAACGGGCAGCUCGGCCAGCCACCACGGUGGCACCGGCCACGGCCAUCCGGCCGGCACCGUCAACGCUCACCUGCACGACAUGGACAGGCUGAUCCAACUGGACGCUGAACCGUACCAGGAGCCGUAUCACGCGCACACGCCGUUCUACAGUUACAGUACCGUGGUAGUCGGCCGCAACGUGGAUUCGGGCAACUCUGCGUACGAAUACGCCGUGCCCGAGACCGGAACCAUGCCAUUACUCACUUCUUCACCACCGCCACCACCGCCCCCGUCAGCUCCUCCUGUGGCUCCUGUCACGACCGACACGUUUGCCAGGAACAAAAUGUAUCCCACGGACGAAAGCAGAAGUAGUAAAAAAUCUUCGCAAAAACAAGAAUCCCAAACCGCAUUGAAACGCCGACUCGAACAAACGCCUGUGCCUGAAUUCCCACGGCACCGUCUGCGUAUGUUGUCCAAACUCAGUGAGGGUAAUUACGGAGCGAUUUACGUGGCCGAAGCGGAUGGUAUUAACGAAUACAACUCGAAAAUGACGUUGGGCAAGCGACUGGUGGCCGUAAAAUUCUUCUCGCCCGCGUUAUCGGAAAAAGAGAGAGCUGAAUUACAAAACGAUGUAAGGAUUUUGGCCGGCCUGGAAGAUCAAAACAUCGCUCGAGUGCUGGGCGUGUGCACCUCCGAACAGCCACUUUGCGUAGUCAUGGAAUAUAGCGAGCACGGCGACCUCAACCAGUUCCUCAAAACACACGUACCCGUCGAAGCUGCUCGGAACCUGCCGCCCACUGUGAAAACUCUUAGUUUCCAAUGUCUGCUGUAUCUUGCAACACAAAUAGCUUCUGGAAUGCGUUACCUGGAAUCGUUGAACUUCGUUCACCGCGAUUUGGCUACCAGGAAUUGCUUGGUGGGUAAAGCGUACAAGGUAAAAAUCAGCGAUUUCGGCACCGACAAUGAAGCGUAUUCGGCAGACUACUAUAAACUGGACGGCAAUCUCGGUCUUCCCAUCCGAUGGAUGUCGUGGGAAUCGGCGUUUUUGGACAAGUAUUCGACGAAGAGCGACGUAUGGUCGUUUGCCGUGACCCUCUGGGAGAUCCUGCACCUGGCCAAGUCGCGGCCGUACGAGGGUUUCUCCGACCACCGGGUGGUCGAGAACCUGUCGCACAUGCACGUGGACGACGGCCUGUUCGAGUACCCGUCCCGGCCCGCGUGCAGCCGGGACAUCUACGACCUGAUGCGCGAGUGCUGGAAGCGACAGGAGUCGGACCGGCCCACGUUCCGGGAGAUCCAUCUGUUCCUGCAGCGCAAGAACCUCGGCUACGCGCCCGCCGCCGCCGCGUCAUGACGGUCCGGCGGUGGCGACGGCAGUCGGCGCGAAGGAUGGCCGUUCGUCCUCCGGCAAAACGCGUCCUAUCUGCCCGGGUGCGACGCAGACUGAGCGACGACGACGGACCGCCGCGCCGUUACACAUGGCGUCGGGGUAGAGUCGGUCGACUCAUAUAGAGGACACUCGCCCGACGUCUGAAAAUUCUGCAAACUGUUUCGACAAUCUCUUUUGGCGCUCGGGUUCUACGAUAUUACAUGUAAUAAUAAUAAUUAUUAUUAUAUAAUAUUAUGAUAGCUCGCGAAGCCGCCACCGCCGCACGUACAAAAUGCGUCGUUUAUUUGUUAAUAUUGUUUGUUUUUUUUUUUUUAUUUUAUCUUUUAUUUCUCUGUUUACUGACCGACGUCACACUUUCGACAUCAUACUAUCUCCUAUACCAUAUACUCGCGUAUUGGUAAUCCACCGAAUCUAUAAUGAAUUAUAGUACUGUCCGUUCUCGGUCGACAUUGACUGCUCGCCAGUUCGUACGGUAUCUAUUUUUUUUUUUUUUUUUUUGUGUUAUCGUGUACAUACAGACAAACCAAUUUUAAAAUUAUUCGAAUUGUAAAUUGUAAACGCUAUGUAUAAUGUUAAUAUAGACUGAUAGAAAAAUAGGCAAUAUCGACCGUACGGAUAUUCGCGUCCGGCGUUUUUUCCGUCAUCGUUUUCAAACGCGAUGACAUUGCGCAAAUAAACACUACGUAUAUUAAGUGUAUCGUAUAAUAUUAUAUUAAACAAUAAGUACGGGCUUGUGCGGACGUAAUUAUUUUUAUAUAACUGCACCGUUGCUUGUCAUUUUAGAUUCUUCUCGUCGUGAUACAUUAAACGUUUUGUGUAAAACGCUAAUAAUCGAAUGAAUUAACAUAUCUGCUAUUUCCAUUUUAAUCGCUUGUAUUGUUUAUCGUGGCGAUUCUAGUGGAGAUGUAGUUUGCCUAUAUUUAUAUACAUAUUGUAAUAAUAUUAGACACGUAUAAAAGUCGGGCGGUUGAUUUUGUCCCUCACUCCUCACAGCUCCUCUCCAUCAAUCGCUCGAUAUUAUCCUCAAAUGUUCAAGAACCGACAUCCGUCGAAAUUACUUGCAAUAAUGUACUAUCUAAGUUGUUCAGAAAUCGAAAUCAUUACAUUAUAAUAUUGUAUAUAUAGAAUCAUUAUUAAUAUAAAUAAUAUAAUAACUAGUCAAGCCUUUUAGUAUUUUAUUUUUUACUCGAGACGAAUAAUGUGUACAUAAAUAAUUAAUUGUUCGGCUAAUGUACAAUAUUUUACACCUGUUUAAAGCAACCUGUAUUAUUAUAUAAAUAUUUUUUUUUUUAUAUAGAUUGUGAUAUUUAAGUUACUUUAAAAAUGUGACACUUUUAUAUAGUACACUCUAGAUAUUAUAUUAUUAUCAUUAUUAUUAUUAUUACAGUAUGUAAAAUGUUUAUUGUUAAUUCAUCAACUUACUUGUUUUUGAACAUUGUAUAUAUUAUUUAAUUUUGAUUUAUUUAUGAAAUGUACACUACAUAUUUUAUAUUUCGACAUAUCAUUUAUUUUGUUUUGGCAAAAAUUUUCAAAAACAGAAACCACCGCUUGACCCGAAUUUAUUUCGUGUCAAAACCUAUUCCCAUCGCAAUAACAAUAUAUUAUAUAAUAUAUAAAUGUGUGUGUAUAUAAUAUAUACUAUAAUACUGUGUAGUUAAAUUGUUUUUACAAUAUUUUAAUUUUUAAUUGUCCUCUGGUGUAUAUUUUUGUUAUAAUAGUUAUCAAUAUAGAGAUAUUAUCAUAUCACUUUCUUGUAAAUCAGAAUUAUUUAUAAGAUGCUAUAAAUCAUCAAUAAAUUACUGAGAAAAACUA